UUGCAAAUAAAUUAGGUUAAGAAAAUGAUCCUGUUUCUUUUAUAGUAUUGUCGUUAGAUCAACGACUUCAGAAUUUAAUUGUAUCAGGCAAACAGUAUAUAAAAGUCUUUAAUUUGUUUCAAUCCUAUCCACCACCAACUAAUCCCGUGCACAUUCAUAAUGAGCUCAUAUCUACACGUUUAUAUAUUACCACAUUACUCAUAUCAUCACUCAUUCUUGGCUUUUAUACAUCAUUUAUUGAUCGAACACAAAUAGUUACGACUAAGUCGCCAACAAUCGAACAAUACAAUAGAAUUUAUGAGCAACAUUAUCAGACAUUGACUUGUCCUUGCACGAAAGUAUCUAUUUCCUAUGAAACAUUUAUUCGACUCUCUCCAACCUAUCAUCAAAUAUGCACAAGUCGAUUUAUAAGUGAAGAAUGGUAUUGGUAUUUAUUAGCUAAUGGUGACUUUAUACAACAAAACGAUGAUUUUCGCAAAACAUCACUUGGUUCAUUUCAAAUGUUAUCAACAUUUUGUCAAUCAGUAUCUCAGACAGUAAAUGAUAGUUUAAGUGUUUUUUAUUCGUCUAAUUAUGUUACUGGUAAAUUAAUAUCGCAACAAUUAUUUGAAGUACAAUCAAAUUCAUUUAUUGAUCUAUUUAUAUUAGAUGCAACGAAUUCCUAUAAACAUGCAUUACAAAUCAUACGUGAUACAACACAAGGCAAUGCUUUGUUAGCCGCUGAAUCAGAGUUAUUUUUUUCAUAUAACUAUUACAGUAUUAUCAAAUCACCUGAUAUCUACUAUGAUUCAAAUAAUCAAUCAUGUUCAUGUACAAGUACAGAUAAAUGUAUCGCAGAAUCAAAAAUUUAUGAAAUUGCAAAUUGGGAUGACACUGAUUAUGUUUACGAGUUAUCAGGGAACUAUUUCAAUGUCACGGGUUUUUAUUAUGGUUGUUAUAUUAUUGAAUCAUUAUUACAAUCAACAUUAGAAUGCUUUUAUAAUGAAACUUGUUUUACACAAAUUAAUUCAAUGAUUCUUGUGCCUCUAUCCACUACAAAUAUGAAUGUUACAGCACUCAAUGUAUCUGUAAAAAGUCAAUAUAAACCAGAAACAACUAUUGAAACGAUUGUUAAUAAUCUAAUGAUUGAACAAUGGAAUCCAUCCAUCUCAUUCGGUUCAUACUAUAAUGAAUGUCAACCAAGCGAAUGCACAUACACAUAUACUGCAAAACUGGAUAUUGUUUAUGUAUUAACAACAAUUAUUGGUCUCACUGGGGGUUUAACAAAAGUUUUACCACUCAUAAUACCAAAUUUAGUUGCAGCAAUGACACUUUAUGUUAUACCCUACAUCAGAAAAUAUUUUGAAAAGAAACGCCGCAAUCGAGCUGCAUCAGCAACAACGUCUGAUAAGCCAAAUAAUGUAAGCCUAUAA